UGCGGCUCGUUCUCAGAUAAGGAAGUGACUAAGGAGGUGAAAUUUUGAAAUUUGGCGGUAUUUCAGCGGAACAAACAGCCGCGAUGUCCAAACUAAGGAGAAAGAAAGCGGCGGCGGAGGAGAACAAACCCGGAGCGAAGUCGGGUUGCAGGGAUCUGCGGAAGAGUCUACUCAGUUCUGACGGAGACUCAUCCAGCACGAGCAGCGGGUCCAGCAGGCCCUGGUGGGCUGCAGCUGAUCUGGCAGCGGUGGAGAAACUGUGGGCGCUCACCCUGCAGGCCUUCUGUCCAGCAGUGUCCAGCACUCCUGCCAUGGUCUUCUGGGUUCCAGAGCUACCAGAGACCCCCACGUGGGCAGAGCAGGAGGAGCCGAGCGAGCGGCACUGGUGUUGUCUGGAUGAAGAUGUGAGUGAACUUCCUGCUCUAAGUGACUCACUGGGCUGCGUCCAAAUGCACAGUGAACCACACUUCUCUCCUAAUGAAGGGAACCGCCAGCCUGAAGCUUCAGCUCAGCUGCUGAGUGAAACGGGAGGUGAAUGGCAAACACUGAGCAGUCCUCAGCGCCACCUAGAGGACAUUCAGGCUCACUGUUUAGGAGAUGCAGGAUCGUUACACAGAUGGACCGAAAAGCCUGACUGGUCUGAGGGUGGAGAGUGUAAGCGGUAUGGGGACAGAGGCAGGUUACUGACGGGAACUCAAAAACCUGGAGGUGCGAAGGCGAGAGAGAGGAUCAAGCAUGGUUCCCAUGGCGACGGAGCUGAGAGCACAAAACUACAAGGGAGAAAGUUGGCAGGAAGAGAAUCUGAAAGAAAAUCCAGAGCGGAGUGUGAUAAAGCUGAAUCUGGGUCAUCUAAAUCCAGAACAGGAUCCGGAACGGGUUCCGAUGGUGCAGUAAGAGGAGGAUCUGGAUCCGCAGUUUUCCUCCUGGAGAACAACAGUGAGUGUAAAGCUGGGACAUCCAGAGGAGGAUCCGGAUCAGGAUUAGCAGAACCAAAGCUGGAGUGCUGUCCAAUGUGCCUGAUGCCGUUUCCUGCAGGGUUCUCUCAGAUGGAGUGUGAUUGUCACCUCGCUCAGUGUUUGUCAGAGAUGAACGCGGACGUCGUUUGGUGAUUGAGUCGGUCAGCCUGUCCAGCCCUGCCAGCCGUUUCUCUCCAUGCAGAUGCAGCAGGUCAUACAUGGUUCCUCCCCGGUGCUCCUGACGGAACAUCCUUCAGCAUCAACAUAUGCUAUUCCCAACUCAAACACCCACAAAACAUCCAAGGUCAGUCAGACUGACUGCUCAGACAAUGAAACCCACAGCCCUGUCAGAGAGCUCGUCUCCCACUGCAGCGUCCUGAGAGACCAGCAUCACUGAGAUACAUAAUAAAUAAUAAGAGAUCUGAGGAACCUCAGUGUGGAGAUCAAAGAGGGCAGAAUAAUAAGAAAGAAGGAAAAGAACCUGUUCGUUACAGUAAUAAACAGACAGUGACGUGGAGUCGUUCACGUUUUAAACUAAUCAUAUGAGAAAUAAACAGUGAAUUCAGGGUGGCUCUUCAGAAUUAAACUCUACGAUGAACAGAGCAGUAGAAGAGCUAAAGCUGUAGAACAUUGAGACAUUCUAAUACAAUCAAUAUCCAGAAUGUUCUCAUGGGUGCUUUAUAUCUGAUCAGUACAGUAUUUACAUUGACAGUGGUUCUAAACUGAACCAUAAGCACUCAAAGUUGUAUGAAUAAAUGGUUCUCUGCAUGGUGAAAUGGUUCUCCAGACUGAUGGAGAACGUGCUGUAUAUGGGUCGAAAUGGCACCAAAAGGGUUCUGCUACUGUUAUAAGCCUGACAUCAUAACAAUAGCAGAACCCUUUUUGGUGCUAUAUAGAACCAUAAACAACACAUUCUCCAUCAAUCUGGAGAACCAUUUCACCAUGCAGAGAACCAUUUAAUCACACAAAUGAUUGUGUUCUAGAACCACCUACUUUAGGAAAGAACUCUUGAAGAACCAUCUUUUUAAGAGUAAAUCUCUCAAAGUUCUUGACAUUAUAUAAAACAAAAGGAUGAAAGCCUUUGAUCUUUAAGCUGUUUGGUUUUGCUUGUAUAAUUAAUUAUUAAUAAUGAAUAAAAAAAAUUCAAAGUUUGUUUCCAUAGCAACGAAUAUUAAAACAAAAUAAAAGAUGUGAUUAACAGAAGCACUGAUGAAAUAAACCUAGAGGUGUGGCUCACAUGUGAGCUCCAUUCAUCUCAACACCACCAAACAGCUGGGGCUGAUUCAGGUCAGACUUGUUAGAGGCUCAUUAGCAUACAGAGACCUCAUUCGUGCAGAACUGAGUAUAAACACAGCGACUCAUUGACUCUUUAAUUGUUUAUUAAUGUUUCUAAAUUUUUGAUAAGUUCCCCAAAAUUUGAGAGAAAAAAAAAAUAUUUUAGUAU